AUGACCAAGUUUCAAUUUAAUAUCAACUACAAAACAACUCUCGGAUGUAAAGUGGCUGUCGUCGGGUCAUGUAAGGAACUUGGGGAGUGGCAACAUGGCAUUUUGAUGACAUGGACUUCGGGCAAUAAUUGGAGGUGUGAAGUCGAAAUCACAAACGUGCCUUUCGAGUACAAGUACCAAAUCACAGAUGAGCGCGGAAACGUCUUUGUCUGGGAAGCUACACAAAACAGACUCGUCCAAACCACUGGACUGAUCGACCAAAGCCAACCUAAAAUCGCUUCAAUCGCCGUUUCGGACGUGUGGGAACAGCCUUCAAACACGCACUUCGAGCUUAAGAAAAAAGAAAACCCAAUCGGGCUUAGAAGGGCAAAUAGUAAGGAGUGGGACAGAAAUUAA